CAUUUGGGUUCAUCCUUUUCUGUAAAAACCAUGUAAUUGUAGGAUGUCAACUUGACAGUCCUGUGCGUUCAAAAGUAACAAAUGAGUGUAGUGAUCCGCACUUGUCCAUCCUUCUCCCUUCCCAGCAUUGUUUGUACGCCUCAACUUGUAAGGCACUUUUUCCGCCUGUGAAGCGCUUAACAAAACUAACUGCACAAGAUUGAAUUGUUGGGUCAAAUGAUUCGACAGAAGCAACUCAGUGUUUAAAAGGCAUUUGUAGUCUUCAAGUUUGGAAAGAACCUCCCAAGUGUGGGACAUCUGAUGUGACAUGCACCUGCUUGCUGUAGUCUGCAGCCAGCUUUGUCGAUGCUGUCACCAACUUUAAAUUGCAACAGAGAAUUUUGACCUACUUCUUCAGUUUUUCUGUUUUGCACAACAUAGAGGACACUGAAACCAGGACUCAACUGGGAAAACUGGAUGUGGAUGUCUGUGAGCAGUGUCCCUGUGCUCUAACAAGUGCUCGGUAAGUGAUAAACCUUCCCUCGUGCUGGACUGUGCUACAGAUUGUGACACAAACAGCCUCCAACACUGCCUACAAGCUGGUUUGCAACUAGAGUGCUGUGGUUUUAUUGAUGGAGGUAAGAAACCCAAAGCAACCUGCCUUUAUUGAGUUCUCCAGAACAUAAUCGACCCCUUGGUACAUUAUCAAGAUGCAUUAGGAAACUGAAUAUGGUGCCAAAAGAACUCCAUGCGUUUCCAUGACUCUCUUGGACCCUGAAUCGGAUACUUUUGGACAUAUAUUUCUAUUCUAAGGAGAAGAGUGUGUACUCCAAUUCCUUUCUGCCAGCUUGCUGGCAGAAAUAUUUCACUAAGAUCAUGGACCACCCUAAUAGGGAAAAGGAUGAAAGGCAGCGUACAACGAAAGGAAUGCCAGGAAGGAGCGGGCACGGUUCUCGACCAAGCUCAUCGGCAUCUUCUGGCGUUCUUAUGGUGGGACCCAACUUCAGAGUGGGCAAGAAGAUUGGGUGUGGGAACUUUGGAGAACUCAGACUAGGUAAAAAUCUCUACACCAACGAAUACGUAGCGAUCAAACUGGAACCAAUAAAAUCACGCGCGCCGCAGCUUCAUUUAGAAUACAGGUUUUAUAAACAACUUGGAAGUGCAGCUGAAGGCCUGCCCCAAGUGUAUUACUUUGGACCGUGUGGAAAGUACAACGCCAUGGUACUAGAGCUGCUUGGUCCUAGCUUGGAAGAUUUAUUUGACCUCUGUGAUAGGACAUUCACUCUGAAGACGGUAUUAAUGAUAGCCAUCCAGCUGAUAUCUCGAAUGGAGUACGUGCAUUCGAAGAACCUCAUCUACCGAGAUGUCAAGCCAGAAAACUUCCUUAUUGGCCGGCAAGGCAAUAAGAAAGAGCACGUCAUUCACAUCAUAGACUUUGGAUUGGCGAAGGAGUACAUUGACCCGGAAACCAAAAAACACAUACCUUAUAGGGAACACAAGAGCUUAACUGGAACAGCGAGAUACAUGUCCAUCAACACUCAUCUCGGCAAAGAGCAAAGUCGUCGAGAUGACUUGGAAGCCCUCGGCCAUAUGUUUAUGUAUUUCCUCCGAGGCAGUCUGCCCUGGCAAGGAUUGAAGGCUGACACCUUAAAAGAGAGAUAUCAGAAGAUUGGGGACACAAAGAGAAACACUCCGGUUGAAGUUCUCUGUGAGAACUUUCCAGAGGAGAUGGCCACGUAUCUCCGUUACGUUCGGCGAUUAGACUUCUUUGAGAGACCAGACUACGAUUAUUUACGAACCAUCUUCACAGAGCUGUUUGAAAAGAAAGGCUACACCUUUGACUACGCCUAUGACUGGGUCGGCAGGCCAAUUCCUACUCCAGUGGGAUCUGUUCACGUAGAUUCUGGGACGUCCGCAGUAACAAGAGACAGCCACAUCCAUAGGGAUCGACCAUCACAGCAGGCCCUUCGCAAUCAGGCGUCAUCAGAUCGCCGAGGGGAGUGGGAGAUCCAGCCCAGCCGACAGACAAAUACCUCAUACUUGACAUCUCAUUUGGCUGCAGAUCGGCAUGGAGGAUCAGUACAGGUGGUUAGUUCAACCAAUGGGGAGCUGAACGUGGACGACCCAACGGGGGCACACUCCAACGCGCCGAUAACAGCGCAGGCAGAGGUGGAGGUGGUGGAGGAAGCUAAGUGCUGCUGCUUCUUUAAGAGGAAACGGAAGAAGACAGCUCAGCGUCACAAGUGAUCGGUGCCUCCUGGGCCUUGCAGGAACCACCGAGCCUGCAGCUCCUACCCUGUCUCACUGGAAGGGGCUUCUCUUUAGGGGGGAGGAGGCAUAGGAGGAAGAGAGAGAGAGAGAGAGAGGAAAGGAGACAAACAAACAAAAAGUGACAUUUUAAACCAAAAAGAGAAGAAAACGUUCCAAAACAAACCACUCUGGGGUGGAUCUGCUGACUGGUCUCCCUCAUUCACUCCAAGCCUGAAGCUCCUUUUGGGACCAGGACUGUGGCUGGCUCAGGUCUUGGUCGCCCUGGGAGGGGGGCUGGCUGGCUGACCCUCCUUCCCGUUGUUUACGGCGAAGGCAUCAUUCACGCAAAACCUGAGGACUGUGCUUAAGUUCCUGCUCACUUCCCUCCUCUCCCUCCCCUGCACUCUCUGCCCCUCCAUCCUCCUCGCUCCUUAAUUAAGCAAAGAAAUACCGUGUAGGCUCGAUGGGCUGUCGAGAGGGCAGGAGGAUGCGGUGCGGGCAGGGGAGUUGUGUGGGAGAAGGGCCCGACUGCUGCAGCAGUUAAGAGACAGGUUCCCUUUUCGGCUCCUUGGGAACAGUUACACUGUAAUGUGCAAGCUGUGAGAAAAUUUUGCAAUCUACUGUUCCAGUUAGGGUUUUUUUCCAGCUCCCUUGUCACCUCCCUCCUCUGACAGUUAACAGAGCAAUGUGGAUUGUUUUAAAGAAGCUGACGUCGUUGCACUUUUUAUUAUUUUUAGCAUUUACAGAUGCACAUUGUAUCUGUGGACCUCUGCGUGGCCAUGCAGUGCCAGCGCAGACAGACAUUCAGCUGGGAAGACAGUGGGGUGUGCAAAGAAUGCCCAGCAGUGGGGUUGUCAAUGACAUCCGCACGACUCCUCGUGCCAGUCCGGGGUUUCCGACGCCUGCCUUGGCCACGUGCUGAGGAGAGCAUACUUGAAUUUUCAAUCACCCUUUCUAGCUGCCGGUGAAUGUCCCUACCAUGGUUUCCUACACCGUGCCUGACCCAACAGGCCAGGAGGCACUAAGGCCAUAGCCCAGCAUUGGCAGGAGGGAGCAGUGUCAGCUUUGCUGGACUGGAGGAGUUUGUGCUGGCUUAAGAGGUAGAUCUGGAUUAAGGUAACCGGGAGGCAGCUGUUUCCCAAAGCAUUAGGUAUUUCUCAGUGUGGGCAACUGGGCGGCCUUCCCAAAUCCCUCCAGUAGAGUGGUUGUGACCACGUACCUUCUGCGAGAAAUCGUCAGCAGGAGCAAUGCUUCCCCAACAGGGGAGAGGCUACUUUGCUGCCUUAACACUGAUUUCAUCUCCAGACGGUCAGGUAGGUUUGACUGGAAUAGCCUUCAUGUCCUCUCUGUGAGCAUGGGUCUGGGGCAUGUGGGACGACAUUCCACCCCACAGGAGAAGCCACGCACUGCUUUUGAGCCAAACCAAUAGCUAGCAAAGGGCUUGGGAUGCUUUGCACACUUGUUUUUAAAAAAAAAAAAAUAAAAAAAAUUUAAUCUUGCAUCCUGCUGCAGCGUUUCCCAAACUCGGAGGAGGCCAAGGCUGCCCAAGGGUUACCGUAGACCUUGGCUGCAGGAGAACUUGAGCGGCUUUUGGGGAGGCUGUGAAUAGGUUCCUUGUACAUUGUCUUUCCACAUGUGACACCUGACCAGGCUGGGACUGCUCACUUGAGGGACUUCACCGACUCGGGCCUGGCUCACCCCAAAAAUCCCGGAGAGCAUGAAGGGAGGAGAGGGAGAGAUCUCAUUAUCUUUUAAUUUUUUUAAUGAUGAUCCGUGUAGCUCAGAGUUUGUGGCACAGCACUCCUAGGUAGUUCAGUUCCCCUGGCUGGGCAGAAGCGGGCUUAGAGGGGCAGGAGAUCAUCCUGGGCAGGGAGCUUUGGGGCUUGCUCUUGGUGCAUCCCUAAAGCAGGCAGAUGCUGAUGCAGUGCCAGGGCAGAAAAGCCUCGCUCCCUUGCCGGGAUCCCCGUAGGGCAUCUCUUUGCCGUUCUCUGCUGCAUUCUCUCCAUGCCUUACCUUGAGGAAACUGGCUCGGAGGCACGGAGCUCUUUGCUUGUGUGUGCAGCCCCCUUCUCGUCCCACAAAGCGCUCUCCUCCAGCCAUACUGUGGGCUGGGGCAGGAAGGGAACCGCUCACCUCCCGCUGGGCUGCUUCGCCCUCUCGUCCCCUCCUGCCAGGGGGAGGACGGGGAGUGUGGCCACGUUCCGCCCUUCUCUUUCCAAACUCCUCUGCUGCCAGCAGCUCCCAGAAGCCUGGUGUCUCUGGCGCAGGCGUUCCCCUCUCUGCUGUAGGAAACCAUGGUUUGGUGUCUUGGGAGGGGGGGAGGAAAGGGGCACAGGUGCUCCCUGGGGAGCGAUCCUGCCCGCUGCAGAGGGAGCCGGGCCCUGAGAUACUUCUGUCGCUGCCCUCCCAAGCCCCACUAAGUGCCUGUCACCAGAACUCGAUUCCUUCUGCAUCUCCUGCCGUGUUUGGUCAUUCCUCGCUGCCUCCCAUCACGGAGCAGCUUGUAGUUGCAGCAUAUGUAAGUGUUUGCAGGGUGAGGGAGGGCGGGGGGAAAAGGGGCCAUCUCAACAGUUUUUGUUCUUAAAUGGGGGGGGUUUUGUUGUUGUUUUUGUUUUUUGUUUUGUUUUGUUUUUUUUAAAGUGAAUGUAUUUGAUUGUUUAGAAACUUUUCUGACCUUGUUUUUAAGUGGGUUGGUUUGAAAGGUCUUUCAUGGUGACCCACUACCGCUUCUCUCGGGAGAUACGAUGUUCUUUUAAUCCUACAAUGAUGUUUAUAGGGGAGGACUGUCCCCCCACGGCAUGCUGGUAAUGCUCACUUGUACCAAGCCCUCUUGCACUAUAAUCGUACGUUGGACUCUUCAAAAGGGCAAAGAUAUGGGGUGGCUUUUUUUUUUUAAAAACAAAACAAAACAAAAACCAAAAAGGAAAAUAAAAGCAGGUUAAGAGCAAGUCCUGUGCUUGAGGAAACUGCUGUCCCCAGGGAGCUCGGGGGUGACUAGGAGCCAGACUGAGCCAGCCAUGCUGUGGUGGGAAGCAGGGCAUUAAGCCUACCUGGGCAAACUCUCUCCUCUCCUCGCCGCCAGUCAUUAGCCACUGGGAGACCCCAGGAGCGCGAGGGGAGGGCUCCGGGACCCACGUGGUGGGGGGGGCAGGGGGCACCCAGCACCGGUGGCCUCCCCAAUGUGGCUGUCCCAUGGCGUGGCCUGCCAACGUUGCGAUGCAGUCUUCUGAGGUAUCAAGUGAGACGAGUAUUUUUUUUUUUUCAAUAAA